UGUUGAAAAUUUGGAAUAAUUGCAAAGAGAAAGUGAACACUAUUUUCAAUUCGUUGAAAAAGUUUGUUUAAUCAGCUCAAUUCAUAUUGUUUGGAUAAAAACUACUUGUUAGCGAAAGUUCGUUCGUGUCUAUACCCGUGACGCGGUGAAUCCGCUCGGUUCGGGAUGGAAAUCGACGAGAAAAAAACGUUUUUCAGUUGGCCCCAAAAGUGAAGUGUCCAUCCACACAGCACAACUUGAUCAGCCAUUAAGCAGAAAAAGAAAAAAAAAUCACCCGACUAUUCAAAAAGAAGUAGAAGCAACAAUAGUCUCUUAAAAACAAGCUGUUUCGCUGGUAAGCAGAGAAAGGAAUCGUUUGUUCCACACUGCAUAGGCGCUCGCUCAACUUGUCUGGGUCAUCCUUUAUUUUGGCAGAGUGGAGUCAUCUCAGCUCUGCCAUGACUCUCGGUACGCAGGGAAAUGCCGAACUGCACUUCAGAGCACUUCCCUAUCUGGACAAAAAGUGGAUAAAAGCAGACGUUAGUUCCGCACUGCGUUCUUGUGAGGAUUUGUCCAACUUGUGGAAUCAUCUUGUGCAAGAUGAAGAGCUUAUCAUUGGAAAACUGCAGGUGUCAGUCAAUUCUAGCGGGGAUAUUGCAUACGUUCGACCCGAUGGAAAGUAUUAUUGUGGAGUUCAAUCAUUGAAUUGCUCGUGUUGUAAGGGAGUCUGCAGCGCUACUUCCAACUGUUCGUGUUCUGCCUGCCAGCAGUUGGAAUGCGAAGAUGCACCGACGAAAAAAGGAUCUUGUACAGCCGCUACCGUUGUUACGCCUCAAAACCAGAAUCAGAGUGAAUCUACUGGAUGCUGCUCCGGAACGAUAUUAGACUCUUGGUUGUGGAGCCCCAUUCCGAGUGUCGACGAAAAGCGCGCCUGCACUAAACGAUUGAUCGCCGAACAAAGAGAAAUCUGUCUGCAGGCUGCAGCCAACUGUUUAUCGUCAGCACGCACAAAGCUGCUACUCUAUGUCUAUCAGAGGUACUUUAUUGCAUUGCAACGCUGCAAACCAGAAGAAAAGGCAUCCGGUGCGGAAGAUUGCCGUUUCGGAAUCAGUCAGGAUAUGGUGAUAAGUGAACAUGAAGCGUCGAAGUUGAGUAAAAAUUCCAGCUUCGAUCGGACACCGAUGAAAGACUGCGACAAAGCUACGUUUGGUCUGGCACGCGUUGGUACUCGAGCCGCUCUCAACUUUUCGUUUGCAUUUCUCAGACGCGCUUGGCGUUCCGGUGAAGAUGUUGAACUGUGCAGUGAGCUUUUGUCCGAGGCACUAGAGGCUCUCCAAACCCUACCGGAGGCGUCACUAUUCGAUACAUCCCAGAUGUCGUCGCUGUGGAUCGAAGUAGUAGAGAAGUCUAUCAAAUUUCUCCGACAGGUGGUGCUGGGUGACGUCAUGGGAGGGCGAUGUUUGGUACCGAAAGCGGAUCGUCAUAUAGAACUGAACCUUCUACUGGAACUGGGUGCUCAGAAAGGAACCCUAGGUGGUUCACUGGAAGGCAUCUCACUGUUGUUGGCGUUACACGAAAAAGACCAGGAAAGCGAAGACAAUCGAAGCCCACCGCAGAACACCGGAGCCCCACUAGUACCAUUGUUGAGGCGAUACGAGCAAGUUGGUAGUUUUGCUGCAUACAGCGCCGGUGAAUCAUUCCAUUUUGGACCGACGGAAUCGUUCCUUCGAUUCUUGACGCUACCAGAGAACGAAACGACAAAUGUUGAUCUCAAACAUGCUGCUGUAAUUAUAAUUAGUCAUCUAGAUCGACUGGCCAAACCCCAUCUUCCUGCGGGAAACUAUUCAAUCAAGGUGGCAAACAAGUCUCAUUUGCAGAAAAUUUUUACUCUAGGCUGGAACUCUUGUUCUCCGGAAAUGUACGGAUUCACUUCAGAAGCAAGCAAUGGUACAGCGCAGCUACUUGGCUCAAUGCCGCGGUAUUCAACAGCAAUAAUUGACUUACCAAUCGCACUGCAAGCCCGACAGGUUACUUGCACAGAGAAUAGUAUUUAUAUCUUGACCACCAGCGGACAGAUUUUUUCGUUGCACUCGAACUGCACAGAAAACAUAGCACCUAAGGCUGUCGAGGGACUGGAUGGUGUGAAUGUUGUCAUGAUUGCAGCGCAUUGUGAAGGCAAGCAUGUACUUGCGUUGAGUUCGGCUAAUGAAGUUUGGUCCUGGGGAGUUGGUGAUGGCGGACGGUUGGGACAUGGAGACACAAUUUCCAAAGAUAUUCCUACGCGCAUUGUCGCGUUGGUGGAUAAACAAGUUUGUGGAAUUGUCUGUGGAGCUUCGUAUAGUGCGGCAAUUACUAGUAGUGGAGAGUUGUUCACCUGGGGACGUGGAACCUAUGGUAGAUUAGGACAUGGAAAUUCCGAUGACAAGUUUGUUCCAACACAGGUGCAAGCAUUGAAAUCCUACAAAGUGGUUGAUGUGGCACUUGGAAGCGGCGAUGCUCAUUCCAUGUGCGUCACCGAUGCGGGACUGUUGUUUGCUUGGGGUGAUGGUGACUUCGGAAAGUUAGGCAAUGGAUCGUGCAAUGGAUCACCGAUUCCGGCGCAAAUUGAGUGCUUAACGAAUAUUGCUAAAAUUUAUUCUGGAUCUCAGUUCAGUGUAGCACUUAGUUUCGAUGGAACUUUAUACAGUUGGGGAAAAGGUCACGGCGGGCGGCUGGGUCAUGGUAAUUCAGACCAUUCAAAUGUUCCUAUGUUGAUUCAAGCCCUGGAAGGAAAGAAGAUUGUCGAUGUAGCAGUUGGAUCAGCUCAUUGCUUGGCUUUGACAAGCUCUGGAGAAUUGUACGGUUGGGGCCGGAAUGAUUAUCAGCAGAUCUGUCCUUCCUGUGUAUCACGGGAUCCGAUAAUUCAAACACCAAUUUUAACAACACCUCCGACGCUACGCAUAUCCGGAAUGAGUUGCGGAGCUGCACAGAGUAUUGUCUGGUGUCAGUCAUCAACUUUAGGAGUCGCUUCUAAACUACCAUUCGUUGUUGAUCUCAGUGAACAUACAUUCCGCAUGCUUGAUCAGUUGCUGUGUACGGUUUGCAAUACUCCCACUGGUCCCGGAGAUAUUCGACAUCCACCCAGUCAGGAAGCAGAAUGCAUUGCCGUUGCGUCCUUAAACCUAUUGCGGCUGCAACUGCAUGCCAUGAUAGUAAACAACGUUUCCUCCCGCCAGGUUGGUCUCGUAGAAGGCUCACGUCUACUGGCCAGUCUUAAAUCGCGUAUUCUUGGUCUAGCUGGAGGACCCGUUGUACUGAAAACUAUGCAAGAAGCUGCUCAGUGGACUCUUCAGGUUGGAUGGUCCAUUUUGUUGCCAACCGCUUCGGAACGAGCUCAAACUUUAACAUCGCUCCUUCCGGCUGGUCAUGAUACCACUACUGCCAGCAAUAGUUCCGGCCAUCGUUUCAUGACUGAUCUUCUCGUGGGCUCACUGAUGGCAGAAGGAGGUCUUCAGACGGCUCUCAACCAAGCCAUCAAUGCUCAACGCUCGCAAGACUGCAGUUCCUCCGGAACACAUCUAUCACUUCUGCAUUUGCUGAAACAGCUUAUACGCAAUAAUUCCAGCCUGACUCAGGCACGACUCGGUCAAUUGAUGCUCGGACCAUACCUUAAGACAGAGGAAGGGUUUUCUUCCCCAGAGCCACCUUCGCCUAGUCUCGAUUUGUUGCACAAGUUCCAACGCCUACUUCUAUCCUACAUUCAUCAGUCAAAGACAGACGAUCUCAGUGGAGCUGAAGCGCUCCUCGAUACCUAUAUUCAACAGGUGGUUGGUGCAUGCGUCGCUACACUAAACAAAGCUCACGAAACCAUUCUCCAAGGCAAGGAGAAUGUGGCGGAAAUUUUAAAAAAUGACAUUUCUGAUGCUCUUCUCUACGAACUGUUGAUCGGAUUAGUUCUGAUCCAGAAAGAUAAAUCCCUGUUCCUUCCUUCAUUUGAUUGGAACAAACAUUUUAUUCCGCUUCUUCACGCACUAGACAACUUCAACCGUCUAACGCACGAGGGAGAAAUCUAUGACUCCGAUGACAUGGGAUGGCCGGGAAUUAUUUGUCGUGGAACAACCAAAGCUACCCCCGUCCAAGAGGAGACUCUAUUAAUUCGUCGUAGUGACAUCGAUAACCACUGCAGCGAUGGUGGAAAUUGGGUCGUUAUCAACGGGAAUGUGUACGAUAUCUCAGACUACCAAGCGGAAAACCCAGCUACGCAGGAGAUUCUCAACGCCAGCGCGGGCAAGGACAUUUCACUAGAAAUCAGUAAUCCUCAACAUAGAACUGCUUUCGAAUUUAUCACGUCGUUUCUUCGGAUCGGUCGAUUUGCUGUGAAUGAAAUUUGCGACAAGGAAAGUCCCCGUCAAAUGACCACCCUAACCCAUUUCCAUUCAGAGUGUAUGCUGGCGUACCUGCUCGGUUUACGAUGCAAUAUUCUGCAAGCAGGAUCCUGCCUGCAACCUGCUGAAUUACAAUGCAAAAAUCUUCUAAAUUCAACGGUUCUCAGUGGUGGGCUUCAAGUACUCCAGCCAAGCAAUCCGUUUGAUGAAGAGAAAGGAGAGGCACGUAGCAGUGGUUCCACAGCCGGAAGCACUCCAACCGAUGCCUCCAGUCAGAUACCGAUGGCAGACGUUCCACAGAUGGCCAACUGGCCAUCAGUACUAAUAUCUCACAGAGUGGAAAAUAUGCUGUCAAAUUUGGGUGAGGCAAAGCUAACGGAUCCGCUAGUUGCAUCUUGGAUAGUUAUCUGCGAACGAUACUGUAAGGAGAAUCAUCUGAUUUGGCACCAGGAAUUUCCUCCGGAACAUCCGGUUAUGGAGCUGGAACGAUUACUUAUGGCGGUUCUGAUUAGGCACCAGAAUCUGGGGCCACUGGCGCUAGCCGUUGUCGAUAGAGAGCUCAGUGGCAACUGUUCGAAGCCGCCGUCUCCCAUCGUCAACAUCAUCAAAAUAGUACACCAAACCAAGUGGGGCAUUGUCAAAAUGCGUCAACAACUGAACCGUAGCUACAAGGAAGUGUGCGCUCCAAUGAUAGAUAAAUGUCGCUUCCUGUUGUAUGAAAUUCGACCGGCGAUAAGCCUGGAGCAGCACGGUCUUACCAAUCUCCAUAUUUUACACAAAUUACCUCGAUUCAAGUCUCUAGUCCAUCGGAUCAUUGCCGAUAUGCGUGCCGCGAAGAAACAAUUAGUCUCCGCGAAACCAGAGGACAUCCUGAAUGUCACGAUUCAGAGCCAGUUCACAUCGUCUAUCACGAAAAUUCAAUCACAGGAAAAUCUCAGUUGCAAGCAUCUCUCCACCGAAAAUCUAGUCCACGAAAGUUUGAUAAAAGUUGAAAGUCUGGAAAGUUUGAACGCGGCAACACGGGAUAGAUCUUCGUCGCCUGUUGUACUGACCGUACAAAAGCAUACUGCUUCAGAUGAGAAUCUGCUGAGUGUGACUAGCGUGGAUAAUCUACCGGUGAAUUGCAAUACCGGUGGAGGUGGUGAUGCCGGCGAAAAGAAAAUUCCAAUUACUAGUGAUGAAAUCAAAACGCCUACCAAUGAGCUUAUCGACUAUGGCAACUCGAAGAUGAAAAAUCCUGACGGUGGUGAUGAGUUCAUCAAUAAUGUAAUUGCUAGCUUGAGCGAGAAAUGUCUAAUCGAAACGUAUCCAGCGGAGUUUAAGAAUGGAGUCAGUCAGCAAAUUGUGGAUUUUAUUCUGUACGAUUUAUGUGAUGUGGAAACUUUACGACGGGCAAUGUACUGCCAGAUUCAACGGUAUCAAAUUCGAAAGCAGGGCUUGGAGAUGUUUUACGAGUUGUUGAAAAUUUGUGGACUGUUUGAUGCAGCGCAGUAUAAUCUGUUCAACGGGUAUUUGGGAUUGCAUGUGGCUAGGGGAGCUGCUCAAAACGAGGAACACAUACUCGAGAAUCUCAAUAUGAUAACAGCAUUCCAGAAGGCAGACAUUCUGAUAUCUCAGGCAAAAAUUAUUGAAUGGACUGUUGCGGAAUUACAGAAGUAUGUAAAUCAAGAAAAAAUUAACGGAAGGCAUCGAAACCAUGGCGAAAAAGACAACUCAAACCUGGGAACGUAUGUGUUUCUUAAAAAGCUACCCAGGGCUCGAUUUCUACUUAGCAUUUUUGGCAUACUAUCGAAAACAUACGAGUCUAAUGAACUAAGUUUGUUAAUAAACUCUGGUAUUCUCGGUAGCAUAAUGGGACUUUUAAGACAAACCGGUACAGAUUCACCGAACUCUCGAAACAAUUCCGAUAUUUCUGUCAUCUACGAAGAUGUGGUGACGAAUCUCAAAUCAUCGAAGGAAGGACUACCGGGACCCGAGCUGGCGAAGUUGAUGAAGAUUGGAACAAGAAUUGCUCGUGGUGCCGAUUGGAAAUGGGGUGAACAGGAUGGCCCCGGUGGAGAAGGUAGAAUUAUCAGUGAGAUUGGAGAAGACGGAUGGGUCCGGGUCGAAUGGGACAAUGGUUCGACCAAUUCGUAUCGCAUGGGCAAGGAAGGACAGUACGAUUUACGCUUGGCUGAUAGCGCAUUAAAGGCACUUUCACCGGACAAGGAUAGCGAGAAGGACGAUACAAUCGAUCAGCAUAUGUACAACGAAUCACACCCUACUAAAUUAUUGCGCAACUUGUGUAUUAAAACGCUACAGAUGAUCUUUGCUUCCGUCGGCAUGCACGCCGAAAAGAUGCAGGAGAACUCACUUCGAAGCGUUGCCUCCAUGUUUCGUGCUAUUCUGACGAACAGAAUUACCUAUUGUAAUUUUGGCAUGGAGCAGUGGACGACGCUAGGAUUCCUAAGGGCUAUCUCGUCUUCUAAAGCACUUUCGAAACAUCUGACAUCUCCUGUUUGGAUCGCACUUGCAUUUGAUAUUCUAAACUCGUCGAUUACUUGCAAAAAAGAUGUCUACAAGAAGCUGCACUGUUUAAGACUGCUACAAUCAACUCUAGUCAAUUGGACACAGGAUGAGGCCGAUCGAGUUGAUGAUAUUAUUAUGAAACUUUUUGAGGUUCUCGGAAGGAUCAGUAUGUAUUGUCCAAAUGAUUUAUCGCUGUUGAACAAUUCAGCAGAUAUUAAGUCGAGGGUGCUGUAUAGUGCUUCCCACACGGGAACGAUUGCGGAAGAAAUUAUUGUUUUGAUUAGAAAAUUACACACGCUCCCAUUGUGGAAUGAAAACAUCAAUUCGUUUAUCUCACAAAAACUUUGCAUGGUGGCAGAUGUUUAUCUGGUGAAUGAGAUAGAAAUCAAUUUCGAGGGAGAAAAAGCAGUUAUUAUGGGAACUUUGUGCACAAUCGGGGGCUGCGAUUCAAGACCUAGACUAGGCUUGAACCUGACUCUCGACGGAGUACGCGGUACCAUCUCUCGCAUGACCAAGAAGGGCAAAGUUGUAAUGAAUGUUCAUUCUAUGGCUGAUACCAAAAAGAUUCCGAUUUUCAAGGUUUCCGAAUGUGCAGAUGUAGGAGCGUUUAGUCUGUCUAAAUUGACUAUUAAUGAGAUGCUGUUGAACUCGUGGGCUGUGUUGUUCUACGGGAUCGGGCAAACUCCGAUGAAUGUGGCCAACAGCAUCAACACACAGCUACUGCUGACGCAGCAGAUUAACUUUUCUGCUGUGAAAGCAACCAAAGUUCUUUUCCGUCAACAAAAUUUGUUGAGAAAAAUACUUCGCCAAAGAUCACCCGGGAUUACCCGUAGUUCAUCUAAGGAAAGCCUGUCGGAUCGUGAUGCUAGCCCAGAGGAUAGCAAAAGUCGCAGUGAAUCAAACACGUCGGAAGAGUCGCAGACCUAUACGGAACUUUUAAUUCAAACCGUUUUGAUUCGAGCAACGCAACCCAGUCCACUGAAGGCUUGCUAUUCGUUCCAGGAAAUGGAAUUGGCUGCAUUGAACAUUUCACAAAUGCUGGCAAAUUUUGUUAAUAAUGAAUUGAAUGCACCGUCGAACUCAAAUAAACGAGCCUUUCCCAUUAGUCAACCAACGAUGAUUCACGGGGUUCCGAUCUAUAAUAACGAAACGACAGUUGAAGACGCUCGAACCCCAUCAGGAGCAGAGGUUGCUGUUAGUUUACCACCAACCGGUGCGGUAGCCAUUGCUAGCGGAGGUCGUGGUACGGCCCGAAGAAGUCCACCCAGUCCGUUAGUGAUCCAAAUCAUGGAGAUGGGGUUCACACGAAAAUCGGUCGAAACAGCAAUCAAGAGUUUAACACUUCAUACAAACAUAAAACCGACAGCGGAGCAAGUUGUGCAGUGGAUAUUAGAACAUCCCGAUGUGACCGCUAAUUUGGGAGGAAAAGGUGAUGAUAAUGAUGCCCACAGUGACACAGAGAGCGUCAGUUCGGAUACGAUGGAAGGCGGUUCAUCGGUACACGAUUCCCAGGGUGUUACAUAUAAGCAGAGAGAAGAUUUCAAAUCGGUCGAUCAAUAUGCAAUGUACGUAAGAGGGUUUAUCUGUCCCGGAAUGUUGGUACGUUGCUGUCAAGAUUUCGAAGAAAUACGAAAAGGUGAUAUUGGAACCGUAUUGAAAGUGGAACCAGAGGGUUUACACGAUUUAAACGUUAGAGUUGACUGGCAAUUGCAUGAUCCCCCCUACUGGAUGUGUUUUGUGCAUUUGGAAUUACUAGAGGCGCCUUCGUCGGAAAAUAGUGCCACAAUCAGUAUUGGAUCACAGGUACGAAUGAGAAAUGCGCAACAUUUUCGCUAUCGUUUAAAUAUUGUGCCGAAAGGAAGCAUAGGCACUGUAAAUUCAAUCAACGGCAAUGAAGUGCAAGUGGAAUUUCCUCAACAAACAGUUUGGAAUGGUCACUUGAAUGAACUGGAACUAGUUUCGAGUUCUUUACACACGGUAAGCUCUGGUCAAGGUAAUAUUUUCGAUAUUAUAGAUGAUUGGUCUCGCUGCAUACGAUCACUUACGGUUUCAUCGAACGAAACAUCAGCCAAGUAUCUACUUGAUCGUAGUACGAAUUGCUGGCAGAGUUCCUCUACCCAGGGGAAGCACUGGAUACGACUGGAAAUUCAUGAUCAACUGUUCAUACAGUCUCUUUCGAUCACUGUGGAUCCGGAGGAUUAUUCACACAUGCCUUCGUUGGUCGUCAUCCGAGGGGGUGACUCCGUUGCAACCCUCAAAGAACUCCAUUGGGUAUCGAUCAACCCAACAGAUGUUGUUGUUCCAUUAAUGAAUGACUGCAAACAGUACUUUGCCUGGAUUGAAAUUAUGAUUAAACAGUGUCGCAACAAUGGCAUUCAGUGCAAAAUCCACGGACUUCACAUCAUCGGAAAGCGAAAGCAAACCGAUCUGGAAAUGAUGUUACAGAAUGCUUCCUUCCUGGCAACGGAAAACGAUACAGCGGCAGAACCGAGCUACACCACUUCCUCGAACUACGCCGACGAUUCGUCAGCGAAUGAAAUAUCUUCGAAAGUCCUAGUCUGGGGCUUGAAUGAUAAGGAACAAUUGGGGGGUCUCAAGGGAUCCAAAGUGAAACUACCUACGUAUUCCUCGGUUUUAAGUCAGCUGAAACCGAUUCACAUCGCCGGUGGCUCGAAGUCUUUAUUCAUUGUAUCCCAAGACGGAAAACUGUAUGCCUGCGGCGAGGGAACCAAUGGACGACUUGGUCUCGGGCACAACAAUAAUGUUCCUACUCCUCGACCAGUUCCGAUCUUGAAUCAGUACGUCGUUAAAAAAGUAACUGUUCAUUCGGGAGGUAAACAUGCGAUGGCACUGACCUUAGAUGGCAAGGUGUUUUCCUGGGGUGAAGGUGAGGAUGGUAAACUAGGGCACGGCAAUCGCAUGACUUUGGAGAAACCGAAGCUUAUCGAAAGCUUACGAACAAAACGGAUUCGAGAUAUCGCCUGUGGAUCGAGCCACAGUGCUGCCAUUACUAGUUCAGGAGAGCUUUACACUUGGGGCUUGGGAGAAUACGGUCGAUUGGGCCAUGGCGACAACUGUACCCAGUUAAAACCGAAACAGGUUACAGCUUUACAAGGUCAUCGGGUAGUCCAAGUUGCUUGUGGCAGUCGUGAUGCACAGACUCUGUGUUUAACUGAAGAAGGAUUAGUGUUUUCCUGGGGAGAUGGAGACUUUGGAAAGUUGGGUCGAGGCGGAUCGGAAGGUUGCUCAAUACCGCAUCAGGUCGAGCGAUUGAACGGUGUCGGUGUGCUCCAAAUUGAAUGUGGCGCCCAAUUCAGUCUUGCUUUGACCAAGUCUGGAGAAGUAUGGACCUGGGGCAAAGGCGACUACUACCGACUGGGCCACGGAACCGAUCAGCACGUACGGAAGCCUACCCCUAUUCAAGGACUUCGCGGUAAGAAAGUCAUUCACGUCGCAGUUGGUGCACUUCACUGCUUGGCUGUCACUGAUAAUGGUCAGGUUUUUGCUUGGGGGGACAACGAUCACGGCCAGCAAGGAUCCGGAAACACAGUCGUCAAUAAGAAACCGAAUCUUGUUCUCGGAUUGGAUGGAGUUUUCGUAAAUCGGGUCGCUUGCGGCAGCUCCCAUUCAGUUGCUUGGAGUUUACCUCAAAAUCCAACGGAAAAGGAUAAAAAGGAACCGGUUCCGUUCGCAGUAACCAAAGAUCCACUGGGUAGUCAUAGUUUGGGGAUCUACGCUUCCGACACGGAACCUACCACAUUACAACCACAGGCUGGGUUACCUAAUACAAAACAGCAACGGCCAUCUCUAUCGGAAAGUGUCCUCUCGUUGGAGACAUACGGCGCCAGACAAGCUGCUUUGUCACACAUCCUGAACGCGAUGAGUAUUCUGCACGCAAGAUCAUGCAUUAUUGCGGCCCUGACAGGCCAUUCACAACUGAACAUGCAAGAUAAAGGCGCGGAAGGUUAUUCAGAAACUCGUCCGAUUUCACCAAUGUCCGAGAACGAUUUGUACGAAACAAAGUUAGAUGGAGACGUUGUCAAACAGCAAAACGAUAUCAUAGCUCAGGGAGGUGGUGAGGCACCGGCAGAUGUUUCCGGCUUAAUUUCCAACGACAUGAACGACUGCGACAUUCCAAUUGUUUCUGGCAUGAACAAUACUUUGAGUGCUUACCGAAGUCUCACCGGUUCUCUAUCGCUGUCAGCAUCCAUUUCGAGCUGCAAUGCUACCCAGCGGCACUCGAAAAUGUCGGCAAGUGCUAUGUCCGUUAUGGCUGCUACGAUGACCCAUCACGAUGAGAUUAUGAACGAUGCACCAAUCGCUAACGGCUUGGAUGAUUUCACUGUACUAUUGGGAGAAUCCGAAGCAAAGCAUUUGAUUGAGCUGUUGAAACUGAGCGUUAGCGGACGAACGGGACCUGCAAAAACUGCUGAAACUAUAGCCAACACAUUGAUCGCACUGGCUCGGAGUAGCAUGACCAUAUCGAACAUGCUAAUCGAAACGUGCAUUACAGAGCUAGAAGAUUUAUGCACUUCGAGACAUUCACUAGGAAAGCUUCCGAAACCAGUGGUACAGGAAACGAGCCAUCCUUAUAUUGAUGACAUAACACUUGUCGGUCACGUUAAGAUUCCAGGAGCGGAUUCACUUCGUAUCGAGUUUGACAGCCAAUGCUCGACCGAGCGCCGGAACGAUCCAUUGAUCAUCAUAGAUGGCGCUGGACGCGUUGUUGCCACCCGAUCCGGUCGUGAGUGGGCUCAAUGGGCUCCAGAGAUUCGAAUUGCUGGAGAUGAAAUGCGCUGGAAAUUUACAAGUGACAAUUCCGUCAAUGGCUGGGGUUGGCGUUUCUUCGUACAUGCCAUAAUGCCAGAAUCCUAUCUGCAGGAGCUCGGUUCGGAUCGAACCGUACUCUCACAACCUUCAAUUGCCAUGGUAAUGGCGUUGCUCGAUUCUACACUUGUCCCUCAUGGUGGCAAUACUUUGAUCCGACUAACAGCAGCUUUAUGUCAAUGUGCACAACUAAGUUCUCUCACCGUCGCUCAACGAAUAUGGUCACUCCGAAAAAUGCAUCAGUAUCUCACAGCAAAAGAUAGUCCACGGGUUCUAGAACCGGCAAUGGUUGAAAUACUAAGUCCAUUGAUUCCAAUUAUCCUUCGACAAUAUGAGUAUGAAGAGCCACAGGUUCGUAGUGGUCUUCAUUUGAUGCAUUCUGAGUAUUUUAAGACACUGGUAGCGUUGGCCUGUGAUAUGCAGUUGGAUUCCCUGUUGCCGCAUAGUGAUGCCCACAAGUGGGCGUGGUUCCGUCGAUACUGCUCGGCAGUGCGAGUAGCUCAAUCGUUAAUCCGAAGAGUAACACUUCCACCAACGUUCACAUUGGAAGUGCGCAAGAAACUAAUUGAAAUUGCGUCACCUGCAACGAACCCAGUACUCCAAACUAACGGUAGUAAUAGUUUAACCAGUAGUAAUUGCUCACUAAUGCAACAUACAUCCAGCGCGUCAAGUCUCAGUCAACAUGGAUUUGAUCUAGCAGGAUCCUUGCACGGAAGUGAAAUUGAAUCGAUUGAUACGUCCAAAUAUCUUCACGAAGACCAUAAUUACUUCACACCACAGUACGACUUACAGUUGUUACAGUGGUUUAACCGGAGACCGGAGGAUUGGGCUUUUUCUUGGGGUGGUGCAAGUACGAUUUUCGGUUGGGGUCACAAUCACCGUGGUCAACUGGGUGGAUUAGACGGCAGUCGCAUCAAGAUGCCGACGCCUUGUGAAGCAUUGAGUUUACUGCGACCAAUUCAGAUUGCUGGUGGAGAACAAACUUUGUACGCGGUGACUCCAGAUGGGAAGUUGUAUGCUACCGGGUACGGAGCUGGUGGUCGACUAGGAAUCGGAGGGACGGAUUCAGUUUCGACACCUACUUUGGUGGAAUCGCUUCAACAUGUUAUCAUCAAAAAAGUAGCAGUCAAUUCCGGAGGAAAGCACUGUUUGGCACUGUCGUCGGAUGGUGAGGUGUUUUCCUGGGGAGAAGGGGAAGAUGGUAAAUUGGGCCAUGGAAAUCGGGAUAGCUAUGAUCGGCCAAAGUUAAUCGAGGCACUUUCCGGGAUUGGAGUAGUGGACAUUGCAUGUGGAAGUGCACAUUCAGCUUGUAUCACCUCACAAGGUCAUGUACUGACAUGGGGUAAAGGAAGGUACGGUCGAUUGGGCCACGGUGAUUCCGAGGAUCAAUUACAGCCGAAGUUGGUAGAAGCGUUACUGGGAUACCGAGCCAUAGACAUAGCAUGCGGGUCUGGAGAUGCGCAAACUUUGUGUAUUACGGAUGAUGACAACGUCUAUAGCUGGGGCGACGGAGACUAUGGCAAACUGGGCCGCGGAGGUUCGGAUGGAUGUAAGAUUCCAAUGAAAAUUGAAAGUUUGGCAGGACUUGGAGUUGUAAAAGUGGAAUGUGGAUCCCAAUUUUCCGUUGCCCUAACACGAUCAGGUAGUGUGUACACCUGGGGCAAAGGUGACUAUCACCGACUUGGUCACGGGAAUACCGAUCAUGUGCGUCGUCCGAAAAAAGUUGCCGCACUGCAAGGAAAAAAGAUCAUUUCCAUAGCAACGGGGUCACUGCAUUGCGUAGCAUGCAGCGAUUCUGGAGAAGUAUUCACCUGGGGUGACAACGACGAGGGGCAACUUGGAGAUGGUACGGUAACUGCUAUCCAGCGACCUAGACUUGUUCAAUCUCUACAAGGUAAACAUAUCGUUAAGGUUAUUUGCGGUUCCGCUCACACGCUAGCACUGUCGACAUAUCAACUCAGUGAAGCUGUUCGACCUCCACCGUCGCCACCUCUGGAGUACGAUCUCGUACGAGAAAUCGCUCCAGAAGUACUCCACGCCCGGCUCGUGCUACUCCAUCACUUCUCCGAACUCAUAUGUCCUUGUCUUGCAAUGCUCCCGAUAUCCGGUGAAUUAUCUCUCGGUGCUCUAAAAGACAUACUGGUCUAUUCUAUCAAGGAAGCUGGUUUCCGAAAAGUCAUCCAAACAACCAUGAUUCGUGACAAACCACAUGGACCAGUUAUCGAACUAAACCGAAUACAGGUAAAACGAUCGAGGAUGCGAUCUGGGAACGGGCUUGCUGGUGUAGACGGAAUGAAAAGUGUGUUUGGUCAGAUGGUUCAAAAGCUACCACUCCUGACCCAGGAAGCCCUGUCGAUGCCUCAUCGUGUAUGGAAAGUCAAGUUUGUCGGUGAGAGCGUAGAUGACUGUGGCGGUGGGUUCAGUGAAUCUAUAGCAGAAAUGUGCGACGAAUUACAGAACGGAAGUGUUCCACUCUUGAUACAGACUCCGAACGGACGUGGAGAAGCGGGUGCAAACAGAGACUGCUUCCUGUUGGAUCCAACACUAAGUUCAAUACUACACAUGAACAUGCUGAGGUUCCUUGGGGUACUAAUGGGAAUUGCGGUCCGGACGGGGUCACCAUUAAGUUUGAACUUAGCUGAACCAGUUUGGCGUCAACUUUGUGGGGAAACAUUACGCCCUUCGGAUUUGACUGAAGUCGAUCGAGACUAUAUUACCGGUUUACUCUAUAUCAGAGACAUUGAAGACGAUCCGAAAGCGUUUGCUUCCAUGGAGCUACCAUUCUCAACACCAUCAGCUAAAGGCCACGAGGUUCCUCUAUCGACUAGAUUCACUAAAAUUACCCCCGAAAACCGAAAGGAAUACGUUAAACUGGCUCUACACUAUCGCAUCCAUGAAUUUGACGAACAGGUCAAAGCCGUCCGAGAUGGUAUGUCGAAAGUGAUUCCGGUGCCACUUUUGUCGCUAUUUUCCGCUGUCGAACUACAGGCCAUGGUUUGUGGAUCACCAGACAUUCCGUUGUGUCUACUGAAAACCGUUGCCACCUACAAGGGAGUGGAAUCUACUGCUCCAUUGAUUGGUUGGUUCUGGGACGUAAUGGAAGAAUUUACCAAUCAAGAGCGUUCACUAUUUUUGCGGUUUGUCUGGGGACGCACACGACUGCCGCGAACCAUCGCCGAUUUCCGUGGGCGGGAUUUCGUGCUGCAGGUGCUAGACAAAUACAACCCGCCGGAUCAUUUCCUACCCGAGAGCUACACCUGUUUUUUCCUGCUAAAGAUGCCGAGAUAUUCUUGCAAGGCUGUGCUGCAAGAAAAACUGAAAUAUGCUAUCUAUUUCUGCAAAAGCAUCGACACGGAUGAGUACGCCCGUGUGGCAAUGGGAGAUCCUACAGAGGCUACUGGUAGCGAAGAUAACAGCGAUAUUGAAUCGAUUGCUUAAAUGGACAGUGAAAUCGUGCCUCUGCGAGAGCUUAUACGACUGAUCACUAUACAAUCCAAUUACCAAAAAAUAACUAAAUUAAAACAAAAUCAAUCGUAAUUUUCUACACUUCUAAAGAAAACAAAAACACUACUUAAGAAUACGAUGUCGUUGCAAGCUGCGCUAUCAGGCGACCACAGAUUUUUUUUUUCGUUCAAUACAAUAAUAUGGUCGCUUAAUGUGAAUUGUGAAAUGUAAUUUUCAUGUAUUAUUUACAGCUAGCCACCAACUUGAGAAGUUGCUAUUAAACUGAAGAAUGUUUAUACUGUGCGAUUUUCAUUACAACAAUGAAUAUAUGCAGCAUAGAAUCCAAAUACGAGAAUGUGCUGGCUAAAAGUAAACGAUAGUCAUAUGCAAAUAUUGCACCAAUGCAUGAUAAAUAGCACCAUAAAACAUACAGUAGUACUAUGAUUUGGUUGCGGUUGAGAAACUGUUUCGGAAGCAAAUAAGGUCAUGAUGUCACCUCACAGUAGCUUUGAUCAGAUAAUACAUCGUAAAAUCGUUACAACCACUGAUCACACAAUUAUGUUUGUUCGUUCGCAAAAUACAUUGUUGAAGUAGCCGUUAAAAUUCACUACUAGCAUAUAUAAAGAGCGUUAUUCCUUAAAUAGAAACUACGACGGAGUUUGGCUUUCGCAAAGAUAAGUAUAUCUCAUAACGAAAAUCAAACAUCUCACUUCUGUAGCAAGAUGAAUGAAGAAUAGUCACAUAAUUCGUACUGAUUAAAACUAUACUAACUGAAGAAAUAAUUACGAUAGAAGAAUGUUAGGUUCUAGAGAAUCACAAGAAAAAUUAGCAAACAAGUUCCGAGCAAUCAGGGCUGAUAUUGACUGCCGAUUGAAUACUAGCAAAGAAUUUGCGUAGUUUCCUAGCCCUUAAUUGGUCAUACAGCGUGCAGCCCUAAUUGCGUUACGAAUCUAGCAACCUUUCUUAGAAAGUGAACUUUAAACUAAGUUUAUUUAUUUGCAUCGUUCUACUAGUGCUCAUUUAUUCAUUCUCACUGUUUUUAUGAUAACGGCUGAUGAACCAUCUGCAAACUCGCAUUGAAGAAAAAAUAUGGAUGAUUCGGUGCUUGCUGAGAAAUGUUAAUAGUUUUAUUUUUCCGUCUGGUGUUGAAACUCAUACUCGUUUGCUCAUCAUACAAUUCUUCUUAAAGGUCAAUAUUGACAGAUCGGUUGUAGGCCGUUAGCAUAAAAAACGCGGAAAGUUAUCCAUUGCGUAAGACUAAUUUCAAUCGUUCAUAUUAUUUGAAAGCGUGUCGUAUUGCAUAUCAUCAAUUUAGUGUAGCUAACAAAUAAUAGGCAGCAAUCCGAUCUAACCAGUAAGAUUAGUUAGGUGAAUCCGUCUAUGCAAGAUUAUUGUUCCUUUCUGAGUGUGUAGAGCUGCCCGAAAAACAAUUUAAUUACAAACUUUUUAGCAAUAUGUAAUAAUUUUAAAAAUUUGAGACCAAUCCGCAAUCAUAUUCCAUUGACCAGAUCGAGACUAUCUGCCCAGCGUAUUUAUUACAACAAUGAAGAGUUUAUAAUUUGCGUGCGUGCGUUUUGUGUACCAUAAUAUCGGAAUAUUUUUCUAUAAUUCUGUGAUGCGUUUUUAUAUUCUAAAAUCUUACAAAGUGAAACACAAAACAAAAAAAUGAUUAAACAAUCAUAUAUGUAUGUGCAUUGAAUGAACAGAAG